UUUAAAAAUUUGCUGUCUUCUGAUUGGCUAACGGACAAACGGAAACGUAUGAACGGAAAGCUAUGAACUUACCUUAGAUACAUUCUCAAUUGGAGAAGGUCAGGCUAAUUAACAAUGUAUUUGAUGUGGGAAAGAAUGUGGAGUUGCUUUUAAAUCUAUCUGAAUGGGCCACUCUUAAAGCUUAUCAAAUUUUGUAUUAGACUAACAUCAGGUUAAAAUUAUUCAAAUUCAUAUUCCUUCGAUUUGUUAUGUAGGUAUUGUAGAUGUGAUGAUGAAUGUCUCACAGUUACCUACCUCAAUAUCUUAUGUCCAGACUUCGCCCCAUAUUUACCCUCUGUAAGCAAAAUGAUUCGAAAUUUUCUUCAGUUCUAGAGGAACACGGUUAUUGUUGCAUGCAAGAUUGUAUUACAUACACUGGUGUUCGGAAUUUGUGUUCUGCUUGAUUUUUGUUAGCGCGGGAGGAUUGACUUGGGUUACGUCAAAAUAUAAAAAUAGCGAUUUUUUAUUUGAAGGCCGCGUCUUUAAUCAUAGUAACGAUGUUUGGAUCCUCGUUAUCAACGCACACAUGAUAUUUAACUUCAGUGCCAGUGCCACUCACAUUUUAGAUAAAAUAGUGAAAUGUCUACCUAUAAGUACGCAACAUUGUUUCUUGCUAGAAACAUUUCCGUUAAUCAAACUCGGACGUUUUUCAGUAACUUAAAGUGUUUAGAUGUUACAAUAAAUAGGGAGAAUGGCGUUGCUUACGUGUUAAUGAAACAUCCACCGGUAAAUACCCUAAAUAUGCAGCUAAUAUCGGAGCUCUCACUUACUUUGAGCAAUUUAGAAAAAUCAAAAUGUCAAGGAAUGAUUUUAUCAUCGAUUUUCGAUAAAGUGUUUUGCAGCGGACUAGACCUAAACGAAUUACUCAAACCGAAACCGGAAAGAGUAAAGGGAUACUUUUCAACAUUCCAAGAGUUGGUCAUACAACUUUACGGCAGCUCUUUCCCAACGGUCGCCGCAAUGACCGGGCACUCGCCUGCCGGAGGUUGCGUUCUGGGUAUGUGCUGUGAAUAUCGUGUAAUGAAGAAAAAUUCGCAAAUUGGUAUACCCGGGUCACGAAUGGGAAUUGCCCUUCCUAGAUAUAUUGUCAAUCUAAUGUCUAGUACAAUCGGUCUUAGAAAUGCCGAACUGAUGUUGACUAAGGGCAAAAUAUUGAACACUGACGAAGCAUUGAAGGUGGGAUUGAUCGACGAAAUCGCCAACGACAGGACUGACGCCAUUCGGAAAGCGGAAGAUUUUCUAAAAGAAUACGAAAUGAUAGCGCCUUUAGCAAGAGGUAUAACUAAACGCAUCAUAAGAAGGUCAAUAAUUGAGGAUGUCAAAAUGAACGGAGCGGCAGACCUUGAAAAUUUUGUAUCGGUGAUCAUGCUGCCUGAAGUACAAGAAAAGCUUGACAUGUAUAUGUACAAUCUGAAGAAUAGAAAAAGAGACUAGAAAGUGCCAAUAAUCACGAACGUGUUGCCAACGCUGUACAGUGUACAAUUGUACAUAGCUAGUUUAUAUUUUACAUCAAUUGGGAAAUUUAAAACAUAAAUCGUAAAAGCAAAGCUGGCCGUUGAUAGUUUUUGUUCCUUGUGUUACUUUUAGUAUAGGCACAGAAUUAAACACUAACCCCACAGUGUUUAAAUCUGUGAUAUAGGUUUUUUUCGUAUAAUGUAUAAUGAAGUUGUGAUUAUGAAUCUGUAGUCUGACAUAUUUUGCACGAGGGACGAGAUACCUACCCGAGGGGAGGGAUUCUUCAAUUUUAAAUGUGCGAUUUGAGUCGGAAUUCGCUAAUUUCCAUGUACUUCGUUUGUUUAAAUGUUGAUCAUUGUAAUUGUAAACAAUGUAAGUUUUUAUUCUGUGUCAACGGAAUUUAUUACACCAAAGAUGAGUCACACAAAUGUUUUAUUACCUGCUUCUAGCCAAACUGGUUCUUUGUUCUAAAACUUGCGUUUAACCUAUAGGUCCUAGAACCAGAAUAUUUCAACUGUAUAAUAAUAAUAAUGAUAUAAAUAUGUAUAUCUUGUGUUUGUCAUUUUCUGUUUUCAUGAUUUCUUAAUUAUCUUAAGACAUUGGAUUUGUUAAAUUGAUGAUAAGGGCACACCGGAAAUUCGCAAUACAUAAUUUCUUUUCAUGAAGCGAUUAAUUAACGAAUCAACAAUAUUGCCAGCAUAACACGCUAUAAUUUCAACAAACGGAUAUGAGACUCAAAAAUUAGCGUAUAACCUGGAGUUUAGUACACUACAUUCUUCUAGAGAACAUCAUCAGGAGUCAGGACCAUCCCAUAAGAAUGCGGAUGUGGUCUUAAUAUAAAGCUUUCAAUCUACGUAAAACAAAUCCCCACACAAGGUAAUGUAAUUAAUUAGUAGGUGAAUUGAGAGAUUAUUUUAUUCAUCUUAGGGCAGAGAUCUUAAAUCUUCUUAAAAUAAAUAGUAACAUAACUGUAUCCAGAGACAGUAUUCGUUCAACAAAUUUAUUAGGAGGUUAAUAUUUCGCCCCUCUAGAGUAUAAUAAUCUAUUAGGAAGCACAUUUAAUUUAGAGCGAUCAUAAGAACUUGUCGCUCAAAUACAACUUGCUGCAGGUGUUUAUAUGAUUCAUUUAAAAUUAGGUUUAGUAAAUGUUGUAGAAAAUGAUGACUAUCAUCAAUCAUCAUGAUCUGUACGCUGCAAACUCCCUCUUUUCGAAUCGCAUUGCACAUGACAUCGAUUUUGAUCUGAUCCGGGUGCAUAGCCACAGCCAUCUUCUAAAAUUAAAAUUCUAACCUUAUUUGUUCAUUGAAUCAUUGUGCAUAUGUAUCAAUUUAAUUAAAUAACUUCUCAAGUACAAAUAAAACGGCAAAA